GUCCAACUCGAGAAAAAAAAAAGUAAGGCCCCGGCGAAGCUUAAGCCCACAUCCCUCCGCCUAAACCCUAGCCUCUUCCCCGCCCCCGCCUCCCAAACCCCUCGGCCGUCGUCGCCGGCGAAGCGCGCGGGCGAGAUGGCGCUCUACCUGCUCUUCGAGUCCGCGUCGGGGUACGCGCUCUUCCACGCCUCCGGCAUCCGCAAGAUCGGGCAGACCGUGGACGCCGUCCGCCCCACCCUGCUGGACCUCAAGCGGUUCAGCAAGGCCGUCAAGCUCGCCAGGUUCACCCCCUUCCUGUCCGCCGCCGACGCCACCAACCAGUGCAACGCCAUCGCUGAAGGGAUCACGACCGACGAGUUGGUAAACUUCCUGGUUCUCAACCUGCCCAAGGUCAAGGAGUGGAAGAAGGGCAAGUUCACCGUCGGCGUUGCCCAGCCCAAGGUCGGGUCCCGCAUCACCGAGGCCACCGGAAUCCCUUGCCAGUCCGAUGACUAUAUCCAGGAACUGCUUGGCGCGGUGCGGCUGCACUUCGGUCCGUUGUUUGACCAACUCAAGCCAUAUGACGUGGAGAACUAUAGCAGGGCAAGUGCGGAUAACAUGGUGACUCAAACUCUCAUUCUGUUGGAUACACUUGAUAAGGGUAUCAAUUUCUUCACCAUGAGAGUGAGGGAGUGGUAUGGAUGGCAUUUUCCUGAGCUGGUCAAAAUCGUGAAUGACAACUACCUUUAUGCUAAGCUUGCCAACUUUGUAGUAAACAAAUUUGAUUUGUCAGAGAAAGACAUUCCAGCUUUAGCAGAUCUGAUUGGAGAUGAGGACAAGGCAAAAGAAAUUGUUGAAGCAGCAAAGGAAUCUAUGGGCCAGGACCUUUCACCAGUUGAUUUGAUCACUGUCCAACAGUUUGCUCAAAGGGUCAUGAAUCUAUCUGAGUACCGUAAAAAUAUCUAUGAGUAUCUGGUGACAAAGAUGAAUGAUAUUGCACCAAAUCUGACGUCAUUGAUUGGCGAAAUGGUUGGAGCCCAGUUAAUUUCUCAUGCUGGCAGUCUUUCGAAUCUUGCAAAAUUACCUUCCUCCACUCUCCAGAUACUAGGUGCUGAGAAGGCGCUGAGAAGAGCUCUUAGAACAGGUGGAAACACACCGAAGUAUGGCCACAUAUUCCACUCAUCUUUCAUUGGCCGUGCAUCGACGAAGAACAAGGGAAGAAUGGCAAGAUACCUGGCAAGCAAAUGCUCAAUGGCUUCACGCAUUGACUGUUAUUCAGAUAUGAGUAGCUCCAUUUUCGGUGAGAAGAUGCGGGAACAAGUCGAGGAGAGAUUAGACUUUUGUGAAAAGGAUGUUGCAUCAUGCAAGAACCUUGAUGUAAUGAACGCUGCGAUUGAGGGUAUGACCAACACAGUCUCAGAGGAGGAUAAGGAGAAGGAGAACGGUGGGAAAAAGGAGUCUAAUUCUGAGGCUGAUGAUGAUGCUAUGCAUCUUGAUAAGCCUGCUAUGCAGUCGACGUUGUGCACCCGAUUGGCCAUCGUCGAAGUGUAGUCCUACAUGCUACUAGUAGAAUGCCAUGCACGGGCUUUUGAAAUAUUUUGCUGGAGUUGUAUAUAAACAAUGCAUGUUAAAUUUCACAUGUAUAGAAAGUCAGCACGGGCACAAUUGGGUAAUGAUUGAAGUCCAACUAAUUUGAGGAAGGAUGUCUUUAGCUUCAUUACACGAUACUUGAGGAAGUAAAAUGGGUUCGUGUAAGUCUCAUCUAGAUGAGACAUUGUUAUGCCACAUCUGAGUGACAUCAUUAUUAGAUUGUA